CUGUCAAUAUUAAGUGCAGUUCUCUGCUCUCCGUAUGACGAUGGCAAAUAUAGACCUAGAACAUAUUAUGAAUAUGAUGAUGGUAAAUACUAUAGGCCACUCGACGAAGGAAAGUAUAUACCUGGAGACGAAGGAAAGUACACUUAUGUUUAUAAACAAGGCACUUGGCCCUAUGAUGGUUCAUACAUGCGUCAAUAUGGAUUCAACGGUGAAUAUGACCCAUACAUGGGCUACAGAAUAUACGCCAGCCGAUUCCCUUACUUAAAUGGAGUUAUUAAAGGGUUAGUAAGCAAAUAUGUCUCCUCAGAUAGUUUAAAUUUCGGUGAAGCUGCAGAGAGUAGUAAAAACUACUAUAGUAAAAUUUAUUCUGAUAAGAAAGUGGCGAUGAAGUGCAAAUAUAUAACACCUAAAUCAAACGAAAAGGAGUUUACUACACAACACCCGCCAGUAUUUAAUUUGGAUAAAGGAGAAAACUUAGGAUCCCUUUAUACUUUUAAGGGAUCUAAAGUGUUGAAUACCGUAUCCAAUGCUCCGUCAAACAAACUUAAAUUACAGUACGAAGUAAUUGUUAGAGUUGUGGAUGACGGAUCAGAAAACAAUGAAAAGACUGCGAAGAAGGAUGAAGUUAAAGCUCCAAUUAUCAUAUUAAAGCCCUCUAGUGACAUUAAAGUAGAUUCCUCCAAAAAUAGUGAAGUAAAAAAAACUUUUAGCAAAAUUGUAAAAUCUCUAAUAAUUGACGAUGUACUUCCCACGGUAAGUGGUGUACUGCCUUUAACUCCUGAUGAUGUAAAGUUAACAAUUGAUGAUGUGCAAUUAUUACAAACUGAAAAAGUAAGUCCUACAACUACUUUAUUAAAUAACGUUGAAGACAUAUCUACUACAACUUACACUCCAUCAUUGAAUAACGAUGAAUUUAUGCCAAUAAUUAGUAGUCAAAGUAAUUUGGGCGAUUAUAUGACUGAUUACGACGAUAUUACGACUGAGGAUUUAUUACAACCUUUGACUGAAAAUGUUGCAAACGUAUCAGUAGGUGAUAUUCAAACCUCAACUGAAGCUGGCCAAAGCUAA